AUGGCGGAAAACGAGGAGACCCCCGGCGCAGCAGUCGAUGAUGAGAUCAAGCCGUACAAGAUCCACGUCUCGAGCAAAUACUUGAAGUUGACAAAACAAAAGCUUGAGUUGACGAGGCUGCCACAUGAGGGGGCGGACCCCCCUUCCGAGGACUGGUGGGAGCCCAAACCGCAGGUCGAGUCGCUCGUCGACUUCUGGCUCGAGAAGUACUCAUGGCGGGACCAAGAGGAGAUCCUCAACAAGACGCCGCAGUUCAGGACGGCCAUCUCCAUCUCUGGCUCCGAGGCCCCCCUCAGGCUGCACUUUGUCCACGUCAAAUCACCGCAUGAGCAUGCCCUGCCCCUCCUCGUGAUACCCCCGUUUCCCUUCUCGAACCUGGCGCUGCUGCACCUGGUGAGGCUCUUCACUGAGCCGGAAGAUGCAGCAACCAACCAGCCGUUCCAUCUGGUGAUGCCAGCACUCCCAGGGCUUGGCUUCAGCGACCCGCUCCCGACCAACACGCCCGAGAUCUCAACGACGGCAGAGAUGCUGAACACCGUGAUGGCACGCCUCGGAUACCAGCACUACCUCGCCACCAACGCCGGGCCCGCGCAGCACUCGCCAGCGGAGAUCGACUGGAAGCUCAUCAGCCACCUCUCGACCCAGUACCCGGGCUCAUGCAUCGGAGCCCACUUCAUCGCCCCCUCGCUGGCGAAGCCCAAGUUGUCAGAGGCGCCCAUCGAGUGGGCCAAGUGGACCAUCGCCAGUGCUUUCAGCGCUGGCAUCCUAGGGUAUAGCGAACAGGACUUUUCUGCGCUCAAGUCGACACCGGGCGCCCAGAGUCCCAGGAAAAAGAAGGACCUGAUGCCCUCAAAACUGGGGUUGAAUGCCGUGGGCCUGCGCGAGCCCAACACACUUGCUUACGCCAUGUGCGACUCGCCAGUCGGCCUUCUCGCCUUCGCCAUGAAGGGCUUGGGGCACCAGGCCCCUCAGAUGCAGUUCACACCUGAACAGAUUAUUACCUUUGCCAACCUUGCUUGGCUUCCAGGUCCCGAAUAUUCGAUGCGCUUUUGGGCACGAUGUGCAGCACAGAAUCGAGACAAGAUGCAAGAGAAGAAAACCACGGUCAACAACAAGCCACAGGUCGGCAUCACCGUCUUCCUGGGAGGAGAAGAUGAUGACGGUAUGGACGACGCGACCACCUCCCAGGAAGUAGGCCAGGGGGCAAUCAAGCUUGGGAGCCCAACGAAGGUCACCCCUGGAGCUGCGUAUGCGUGCCCCGCGUGGGGCAACACACACUACAACGUCCUCUUCUCGCAGCGGGUAUCGGGCAAGGCCGGGCUGCUGGCGUGGGAGAGACCAGACGUCAUCCUAGCAGGAAUCAGGGGGCUCGCAGCAGAGGUACUGAAGGUCGACAAACGGCUUCAGCCUGAGCAUGCUACGCCCACUGCUCCUCUCGAGGAUGUGGUGGUCGCUCAGGAGUCGGCAACGAAAGAUGAUGGCGGCCUCAAGCCACCACCAAGACCGACUCUAGAGCAGGGCGAAAGCUCAAAAACACAAGUCGCCGAGGAGCCGGCGACACAAGACGAUGGCCUCAAACCGCCACCAAGACCGGUCCUGGAGCAGGGCGACAGCUCCCAGACUCAAGUGGCAUCGGAACCUCCUGCAAGCCCUAAGGGAAAACUGCCUGAGGCGAAACCUGACGAUGCUGUCAAGCCGAAUUGGGACAACAGAGACGAGACCGAUUCGCCAAGGCGAGGAACACCAGAUACUAUAGUCAUGGUGACUGCACCGACAGGUGAAGAGACCAGGGAGUAA